CAGCUGAAGGAGAAAGUAGCCCAAUUCCCUGCUUCCCCAUUCCAGAAUUUGGAAGUUGUCACAACUCUGGGCGUUGGUUAAAGUGAAAAAUGAGAACGUAGCUUUUGCUAUGAAAUGUAUAAAGAAGAAACAUGUUGUGGACACCAAACAACAAGAACAUGUCUACUCCGAAAAGAAAAUCCUCGAAGAGAUAUGUUCUCCAUUCAUUGUGAAACUGUACCGCACAUUCAAGGACAGCAAGUACGUGUACAUGCUCCUGGAGGCCUGCCUUGGAGGGGAGCUGUGGAGCUUGCUGAGAGACAGAGGCAGCUUUGAUGAAUCCACUACUAAGUUCUGUGUUGGGUGUGUGACAGAGGCUUUUGACUACCUACAUCAUAUAGGAAUUAUCUACAGAGACCUGAAGCCAGAAAAUUUAAUUUUGGAUGCUGAAGGAUAUAUAAAACUGGUUGAUUUUGGAUUUGCAAAGAAGAUUGGAUCAGGGCAGAAAACCUGGACGUUUUGUGGGACCCCUGAGUAUGUUGCCCCUGAAGUCAUUCUGAGCAAAGGCCAUGACUUCAGUGUGGACUUUUGGUCCCUUGGGAUUCUUGUGUAUGAACUCCUUACUGGCAGUCCUCCAUUCUCUGGAGCGGAUCAAAUGAUGACCUAUAAUUUGAUUCUCAAAGGCAUUGAAAAACUGGAUUUUCCUAAAAUAAUAACACGGCGGCCUGAGGAUUUGAUCCGCAGACUCUGCAGGCAAAACCCUACAGAGAGAUUAGGCAAUUUGAGGAAUGGAAUUAAUGACAUCAAGAAGCACAGGUGGUUGAAUGGUUUUAACUGGGAUGGUCUGAAAGUGAGGAAAUUAGCAUCACCUUUAAAAAGAGAGCUGACUGGACCGACCGACUACAGCUACUUUGACUGCUAUCCGCCUGAAGAGGGAACCCCUCCGGAUGAAUUUUCAGGCUGGGACAAGGAUUUCUGAGAAUUUUUCUUC